ACUCACCGACGGUAGCCGCAUCCACUACAGCGCAAACAUCGCCCUCCUUCCGCGCUUCGAGUGCUUCGCUGCCGCGCUACAUUUCCCCAUGCUCGAGCCCUCUCCGCUUCCGCGGCGGUGGGAGAAGGCGGCUCGAUGAACCGGGAGGUGGCGAUGGAGCGCCUGCGCGCGGGGAGCCCCGUGUACGGACGGCCGCCGAGCGGGGUGCCGAACAACGCCGCCGCCUCGUCUCCGGGGAUGCCCCCCGCGCACCGCCGCUCGCCCUCGGCAUCGGGCUUCUCCGCCGUGAGGCGGACGCAGAACGUCGCGGCGAGGGCAGCCGCCGCGCGCCUCGCGCAGGUCAUGGCCUCGCAGAGCGCAGCCGCCGAGGAGGAAGAGGACGAGGAGCUGGAGGAUGAGAUCCCGUCCGCUGGGGGAAUGGGGUUCCGGUACGGCGCCUCCCGACCGGCGGAAGGUAGCAAUGAGAGCGCGCCCGCCGGCGGGACUUCCUUAUUGGCGAGGGCGAAUAGAUCUCCUUCGCCCGCGGUAAUUUCCAGAAUGCCAAGUCAGAACUUUGCAGAUCAUACUCCUUCAGUCCGUGCAUCUACAGCUGGAAGACCAUCAAUUUCUGUUCAUCCAGUGCCCUUGGUGCCUCCUAGUAAAACAACCUUUGCGACCCAAACACCUAUUCCACCAACUGAACCUCCUGUAGACACGUGCAGCGAGAAAAGAUUUCCAUCAGAUAUGAAACAUUUGAACCCGAGGGGAACAGGAAUUCAUCGACAAGCUUCUUCACUUCAGGAUGAGUUAGAUAUGCUCCAAGAAGAAAAUGAGAAUAUUAUUGAGAAGUUGCGACUUGUUGAAGAGAGACGUGAGGAAGCUGAGGCCCGGGCAAAAGAGCUUGAGAAGCAGGUUGCUGCCCUUGGAGAAGGUGUAUCUUUGGAAGCACGAUUGUUGAACAGAAAGGAAGCAGCACUCCAGCAAAGAGAGGCUGUACUCGAAGCUAUCAGGAAAAAUAAAGAUGGGAAAAAUGAAGAAAUAGCAGCAAUGAGGAAAGAAGUAGAGUCUGCUAAGGAAGAAGUUGUCAUCGCAAAAGAACAGCUCAGGAAAGCUGAGUUAGAAGCAAAGUCUCUUCAGUUAAUGACACAAAGGGUGAUUUUAUCCCAGGAGGAGAUGGAACAAGUUGUCUUGAAGAGAUGUUGGCUUGCUCGCUAUUGGGGCUUAGCAGUUUAUUAUGGAUUCUACCCGGAGAUUGCUGUUUCAAAAUAUGAGUAUUGGUCUUCAUUAGCGCCACUUCCUCUUGAGGUUGUUAUUUCUGCUGGUCAAAAGUCCAUGGAAGAAUCAUAUAACCAAGGUAUCCAUGAAUCUGAACGAAGUAAGCUUGUACGUGAUGCAAAUGAUAUUACUGGGGAAGGCAACAUAGAGAGCAUGCUUUCAGUUGAAAAGGGCCUAUUGGAACUAACAUCUUUGAAGGUUGAGGAUGCUGUUGUCCUUGCAUUAUCUCAACACCAACGACCAAAUUUUGUUCGUCAAUUUUUGUCAGAUUUUAAAGCACCUGGAGAACCAAAGUAUAUGGAGUCAUUUGAACUGAGCCAAGAGGAGAUAGAAGAUGUCACUUUCAAGCAGGCAUGGUUGAUAUAUUUCUGGAGAAGAGCCAAAGACCAUGGUAUAGAAGAAGAUAUUGCUGAUGAGCGGCUACAAUUUUGGCAUGGUCGAAUUAGACAAUCUCCUAUUUCUCAUGAUUUUAUUGAUGUUGAGAGAGGCUUGACAGAACUCAACAAGCUGGGCAUCGAACAGCAAUUAUGGGAAGCAUCGAGAAAAGAAAUAGAGCAGGAGCCUUGAACCAAGCAGCAUAAACAAAUGCAAGCCGAUGUGAUAAAUAGAAUGCAAUUUGCAUAUCGUUCAGUGCACACGGGCAAUGUUUUAUUUUGGCGCAAACAUGGUUAGUCCUGUCAUUCACGAUUUCACGCGGAUGCUAUGCUUUAUGAUUUUAUAUUUUCCAUUAACGAUUGGAUAGUAGAUAUUAAAUGGAUCAUUUCAAAUCAAAUAACAUUAGUUUAGUCA